AUGGUUUUGUUUUAUGUUGGAUCGGAUGGACCCUCGUCUAAAGUGAUGCAGCCAGAGGAUCCUGUGCGGCAGGAUAUGCAGUUUUAUUACGUGGGUGACCACACGUGGGCCACCAUGCUGGGGCAGAGUGUGAAACUGCAGCCGGUGCCCAUCCAGAGCCUGUCGGAGCUGGAGCGUGCCCGUUUGCAGGAGGUGGCGCUCUACCACCUGGAGGAGAGAGACCUGGACUUCAAGAUCAGCAUCCCCACAGAGAUUCGCAAGAGAAGGAAAUCACUCCGAAGAAAAUUCGACUCCUUCUCCAAGGAGAAAAAAGAACGAGAAACGGCACCCAAGGCGUUUGGGAUUCCCCUCUCUCAGGUGAUCGCCAACGACAGAGCCUACAAGCAGCGUCAGGACGCCCUGAAGGAGAGCCGUCGGGACUGUCUGGACCUGGAGGCGAGCGUGCUGUGGUUCCGAGCGGAGAAACGCCAGCAGAACGUGAACAGGCCUCUCUGUAACACGGCGUCUUCGCCCGGCGCCGCCUCUUCCUCGGCCUUAGAGAUCCACAGCAAGCCCCUCUCCCCGACCUUCCUGGACAACAACUCCAGAACGCAUCGACGGGGUGGAUUGUCAGUAGACUCCAUUUCUGACCUGGUAGAGAGUCAGUCUCGGCUGUUGGAGGCACUGCAGUUGUCUCACCCCAAUGAGCUAGACAUCAGGAAGGCCUCGUCAGGCCGCACACAGGCCAAACUCAGCCUUAACCCCAUCUACAGACAGGUGCCCCGCGUGAUGGAGCGCUGUUGCGAACACAUCCACACCUACGGGUUGCAGACUGUGGGGAUUUUCCGUGUGGGGAGCUCAAAAAAGAGAGUUCGUCAGCUGAGGGAAGACUUUGACAGCGGGACAGAUGUGAUGCUGGAUGAAGAACACAGUGUGCACGACGUGGCGGCCCUCCUGAAAGAGUUUCUGAGGGACAUGCCCGACCCGCUCCUGCCGCGUGAACUCUACUCCGCCUUCCUAUACGCCAACCAGUUACGUGGAGAGGAUCAGCUGGUGUACCUGCAGCAGCUCCUGUAUCUCUUGCCUCCCUGUAACUGCGACACGCUUUUAAAAUUACUCACCUUACUUCACACAGUACAGGAGCACGCGCAGGACUCUACAGGGCCAGACCAGCAGCCGAUCACGGGGAAUAAAAUGACAGCGGCUAACCUGGCGGUGAUCUUUGGGCCCAACCUGCUGCAGAGGGAGAAGGGAGCAGACAAAGACCUGAGUCUACAGGCCCUGGGCAUAGAGGACAGUGCUGCCAUCAUUUCAGUCACCCUACUGCUCAUCCAGAACUACAAACGCCUCUUCACGGUGUCAGCAGAGCUCCAGCAGGAGGUGCUGAUGAGCCUGAUUCAGACGGACCCUGAUGUCAUAGACUACCUUCUGCGGAGGAAACUCAGCGGGAGCAGUUUAACUGUGGAGACUGAUGUGGGUGGUCGGAGGGACACUCAGGCGUCUCUGGAUUCGGUCGGCCAGUCGAGCGAUGACCUUUCGUCCUUGGACCCCCCCUCGCCUCUCUUCCCCGAGACGCAGGGGGGCGGCAGCCUGACCAGUGAGGUCUUUCUCAAUGUCUUACGUCUCAACAACAACAGGAAACGUUCUUCUGACGGUCCAGCCAAAUCCAUAGGACAGAUGAGGCAGUUCCAUUCUCACCACAACCUGCUGAGUUUGGCCCAACCUUCCCAUCACCUGCCGUCAGACGACCCGGAGACACAGGUGAAGAGGGGGACCGGCGCUGAACAGGCGUGCCCGAGAGAGAGCCUCCAUUCUGGGUCGGACCCAGAACCCGGCAGCCCUCGGGAGAGAACCGUCUGGGUGCGGCAAGACUCCAACACGUCCGCCGCCUCGUCGGAAGACAGCAAGCAGCCGACAAACUUCUGGGACUUUUUCACGGGCAAGAUGGCCAUGUUGAGAAGAAGCCCGUCUCUCCAAAGCUUUGUCACUGAGCCGUUUCAGUGCGAGAAAAGCUGA